CGGAGCAGAAGAGCGAAACAUGGCGACUUCGAACAAUCCACGGAAAUUCAGCGAGAAAAUCGCUUUACAUAACCAGAAGCAGGCGGAGGAGACGGCGGCGUUUGAAGAAGUGAUGAAGGACCUCAGCAUUACCCGGGCGGCGAGGUUACAGCUGCAGAAAACUCAGUACUUGCAGCUGGGACCGAACCGCGGGCAGUACUACGGAGGAUCUUUGCCGAACGUCAAUCAGAUUGGAAACGGCACUGUUGAUGUGACUUUUCAGAAUUCAGGGCUGGACAUGAACAGGUCGACACGACACCACGGGUUGGUGGACAGAGUCUACCGGGACCGGAACCGCAUCACGUCACCCCACCGAAAACCCCUCUCUAUCGACAAACAUGGACGCCAGAUUGACAGCUGUCCAUAUGGCUCAGUAUAUCUGUCACCACCACCUGAUACCAGCUGGAGGAGGACAAAUUCUGACUCAGCACUGCACCAGAGCACAUUAACUCCUGCCCAGCAGGCCUCUUUCACUGGAGGGUCACAGGAGCUGCAGCCAAAACGAGUUCUGCUGCUCACUGUACCAGGGGCUGAAGCGAUUAAACAAGAGGCUGAUGAAGAUGGACAAAAACAGAACUGGGAGUGCAAAAAGAACUUUUCAAGGUCCAAGCCCUGCAAAGUUCCAGGGAUCCACAUAUUCCCGUCUCCAGACCAGCAGUUGACCACUUCACUAAAACCAGCAGCCCACAACACUGGCGGUUCUCUUCCUGACCUGACCAACAUCCAGUUUCCUCCUCCGCUGCCCACCCCGCUCGACUCAGAUGAUGCAGCAGCCGCCUCCAACAGCACACAGACCCUGGCCAACACGCAAGGAGUGAACACAUCUCAGCCCACAGUAACCAUGGAAAUGCAGCCUGGGCAGGACAACGUGGUUCCUCUCAUCCUGAAUGCAGGAGACUCCCACCAGCACCAGAACCUGCAGCUCUCCCCAACAUCUCCACCUCUCACUCUCUCUCAGGCGGCCAUCAACGCCAUGAACCUUGAGCAGCAGCUGUCCCAGUAUGCCUUCUUCAACCAGCAGCCAUCGUCCCAGAACCACCAGAGCCAGCAACAGACAGGUCUGGUCCAGCUGUCGUCCUCCGUGAACUCCUGCCCCACGACAGACAACCAGACGUCCUCACAAACCAACAUGACCAUAGACAUGAACACGGCCUCCUCCCUCCAACAGUACCGCAGUAGGGUUGGAUCCUCUGCCAAUCAGUCUCCAACCUCCCCCGUCUCCAAUCAAGGCUUCUCACCUGGAGGCUCGCCUCAACAUAACUCCAUACUGGGCAGCGUGUUCGCAGACUUCUACGACCAGCAGCUCCCGUCCAUUCAGGCCAGCGCUCUCUCACAACAGUUGGAGCAGUUCAACAUGAUUGAAACCCCCAUCAGCUCCGACAGCCUGUAUAACCAGACCUCCACCCUCAACUACUCCCAGGCACUCAUGAUGGGUUUGACCGGUGGCCAUUGCAGCCUGCAGGACUCGCAGCAGCUGGGCUACAGUAGCCAUGGCAACAUCCCCAACAUCAUUCUCACAGUGAGUGGAGAGUCUCCCCCCAGCCUGCCCAAGGACCUGACUGGCUCGCUGUCCACAGAUGUCAGCUUUGAUAUCGACUCCCAGUUCCCGCUGGACGAUCUGAAAAUUGACCCACUGACGCUUGAUGGCCUGCACAUGCUCAAUGAUCCGGACAUGGUCCUUGCUGACCCCGCCACAGAGGACGCGUUUCGCCUCGACCGGCUCUAACCACCGCUCGUGCACUGGUGUGUGGAUAUUGCUGCUGCUCCGAGGCCGGUGGGGGUAGGGGGCAGGGUUUUGCGUCUGAGAAGAUAAAAACCAAGAGGAGAGGAUUUGUGAAGCGCGCUGGUCGAGACCUCGUCAGGGCAGAGCAUCGAUUCCACAACAACCAACUCCAAUCAAACCCCACAGGAGAGCUUUUAAACAAAACAAUCGUUGUAGAAAAAUGGAUUGAAAUGUUUUUGAAGACUGCCGCCGGCCUUCCUUCUCUUCAGAAGCGGAAAGUUGGUUUACGACUGAUGACACUCAAGUUAUGGUAUGAUUGAUGUUCAUGGCUCUGUCACUACUUCCUGCAAAUGGCCAUCCAAUUUUGUUUUAGGUUAGAUGCCUAGUUCAUUUGAGGCAGCUUGAUCACAGGGGCAGAGGGUGUUUUAUUUUCCAUCAAUGAGUGACUAAACCAUGCAGAGCAAACCCUGAACAAUCUACAGUAUACUUCUCACUCACCUGUUAACAUAGAGUAGCUUAAUCAAGUUCCACCUCCCUCUGCGCCAGGCUGCUUGUUCUCAGUAGUACAUUCAGUCUGGAUAUCCAUUUAGUGCUAAUCCCUGUGUGAUUUGUCAUAGGAGCCAAAGUCAGGCCUGGUUUGAUUUUUCCCAAAUUUCCUCUGAAGUCUUGAGUGACGAUGAGUCAUUAUUUUGCCACCCAAGUUCUUCUUAGGAAAUGCUGAAUUCUGAUUUCACCAUAGUAAAUAGCAGUCAUCAGUUAUGCAUGAAAUCACAAAUCACUGUGCAUACUUGUUUUGCCUUAAUAGCUUGACAUUUUGGUUUUGAUGCAAAGAUGACAAUUAUGUAAAUGAGGAAAAAACAUUUGAUUUGUCAAGUAAUUUGUACUGUUCUCCACGUGGUUUGGCCUACAUCAUUCACGGUUGCAUUACUGUAGUAUUGUAGUAUUUUUGAGGUGUGCUAAUCUUUAUCCAUCACUGCAUCCACUGUCACCACCAUGUCGUUUUUCACAGUCAUUUAGCAGACAGAUCUGAAACGGAUAAAUGAGUUCUUUGUUAUGAUGUUUACAGGCUUGUUUUGUUUUAUAUUUUACAUGUACAGAAUGUGAUUAGAUUUUGCGUAAUGGUAUCUAUGCAAAACUACAGCGAUGGAUUUAGGACUGUAAAAAGAGACAGAUAAAAGUGAACCCUUUUCAAAGGAGGCCAACGUGCAAGAUUCUUAUAGAAUGCACAGCAAUGGUGCCAUGUUCUAUUCCUUUCGAUAUUCUUGACACGACGUUUUCUUUCAGACUAGUAUGGUGUCGAGAGAAAAGAGGCUCAGUGAGUGUGGCACACAGUACAAACUCUCCUGGAUUACUCCCAAAGAUGUGACCUCAGUGUAGUUGAAAUAUAUAUAUUUUUCCAGACAAUUGAACUGCCUCUAUACUAGAACAGCAUUGUUGAUGCAAUGAGAAUGUAUUUAGGUCACAUCUGUACAGUUGUGUUGUUGCCAUGUUGUCAUCCUCAUUGCCUCUCAUAUCUAGCCUUUAUGUACUGUAGGACCAAAUAUAUUUCACCUGUUAUUUUUUCUGCAAAGGAGAUGCGCCGUACUGUUUUAAGUUUUAGGACUUUUUUGUUUCCUUGGCACUACAGUGGUACUGAAUAUCCAUUUCCUCGUCACGCUCAUGUCGUCUCUGCCCUUUAUCGAGCUGUUCCCUGUCUCUGUGGUCUUUUGUAUGGCUUCAUGCGUUUUGUUCUUUAAGUCCUCUGUGAAGUCGGUGAGUUUCUGAGUGAGUGGAUACAUUGGAUUCAUUCAUAACCGUGUCCCAUAUCUCAUAUUGCACUUUAUGCAUUUAUUUAAAACACUGAUUUAUGAGAGUUUAUAUACCAAACCCCCCAACCCACCCUCCCACCCCUGUGACUGUUAUGUGCACUGGACCUGUUUGCCCUGUCUUUGAUUAAACUUGCCUUCUUGUUAAAAAAAAAAAAAGAAAUAUGAAAAAAAGCUAAAUUAUAGUUAUUUUUGAAAAGUCAUAUACAGAUAGUCUAUUUAAAAGA